GCCGAUCCCUCCUCGAUGGGGUGUCGGUUGGUUCCCCGGCGACGGCUUUUUCUCUCAUCGUGAUUCUCUUUCCUACAACCUUCAGGACAUGACCGUCCCUGCUUCCGUUUCUCUCUUAAAUACUACCUCUCCAACGUUCGCGUCACUUGAUGAACCCUGGGGGUUCCGACCAUGAGCGAAGCCGACUUCUCUGCCGCGGCGAACGCGACGCCGGCAGGCGCGGAAGAAGAGGCCAAGGCGCCACCGACGAACUCCGAGGAAGACCAACAACGAACUCGUGUUGCAGUCCUCACGGCCGCUGACCCGAUUGAUCCCGCGGUCGAGAAGCGGUUGAGGAGGAAGUUUGACUGCUCCCUGCUGCCUCUCGUCUUCGUGGCGUACUUGCUUGCCUUCCUGGACCGUUCGAACAUCGGGAACGCUGAGACGGCGGGGAUGAGUGCUGACUUGGGUUUUGACGAUGCGCACUUCCAGUGGCUGCUCACGAUAUUCUACAUCCCAUACAUCCUCUUUGAAUGGUGCGCUUUGAUGUGGAAGUUGGUACCACCGCAUAUCUGGGCUGGCAUCACGGUCAUGACAUGGGGUCUCGCAUCGACUCUUCAAGCGGCGGCCUUCAACUGGGAGGGCCUCAUGGUCUGCCGCUGGUUCCUGGCCAUGGCCGAGGCCGCCUUCGCCCCGGGCGUGCCCUACCUCCUCAGCUUCUUCUACCGCCGGAACGAACUGGGCCUCCGGUGCGGCAUCUUCCUGUCGGCGGCGCCGCUCGCCACCACGUUCGCCGGCGCGCUGGCCUCGGCCAUCACAUCCAACCCGCAUAUCCGGCUGGCCCCCUGGCGCCUGCUCUUCCUGGUCGAGGGCCUCCCCACCCUGCUCUUCGCGCUGCUCAUCUUCCUCCGCCUCCCGGACUCCCCGGACACGGCCCGCUUCCUCACGCCGUCCGAGAAGGCUGUCGCCCGGUCGCGCGCGAUCCUGCAGUCCGGGCAGGAAGGCCAUGGCCGGCUCGGCACCGUCGACCUCGGCGAGAUCCCGGCCGCGCUGGGGAGCCUGUCGACGGUGCUCCCUGCGCUCAUGUACUUCAGCUGCAACGUGUCCUUCUCGUCGCUGCCCGUCUUCCUGCCGGCCGUGCUGAGCUCCAUGGGCUUCUCGUCGCUCUCGGCGCAGGGGCUGACCGCGCCGCCCUACUUUGUGGCCUUCCUGGUCUGCAUCGGCACGACGUACCUCGCCGACCGCACCCAGCAGCGCGGGCUGGCCAUCGCCUUGCUGUCCGUGAUGGCCGCGGCGGGCUACGUGCUGCUGGCCACGGUGCGGUCGGUCGCGGUGCGCUACCUGGGCGUAUUCCUCGCCGCCGCCGGCGUGUUCCCGGCCAUUGCGAACAUCCUGCCGUGGACGCUCAACAACCAGGGCACCGACACCAGGCGCGGGGCCGGCAUUGCCGUGCUCAAUAUCAUCGGCCAGUGCGGCCCGCUGCUGGGGACGCGGCUGUUUCCGGCCGCGGAGAAGCCGUACUACGUCAAGGGCAUGGCGGUUUGUGCUGCCUUUAUGGGGUUUAAUGCGCUUCUGGCGGGGACGCUGAGGUGGCACCUGGCGAGGAAGAAUCGAGCGCUUGAGGAGGCCGAGGCGGCUAUGGCUGGAACGGCUCACACGGGGGUGGACUUCGCUGCGGCGAAGGGGCCGGUUGAGAUGGAAGGCACUGUGGGAUAUCGCUAUGUGCUUUGAUACGACUAAUAGAUGUCGGUGGAUCUGCACCUAACAUUGCU